AUGUUGCCGGCCAAAAAUGAGCGAAAGCGUGCUCAAGUGAUGAAUCUACUUGCCAGGAAGGAAGAUGACGAAUCCCUCCCACCGGCCAAGACCAUCGGCCGCGGGGACGCUGCGAUGAAGCUCGCCCGCCAAGACCGCCUAAUGAUGUCCCUCAAGAGUCCAACACCCCAGACGCCGCGUGUCAUUACUAUCCAGAAGCCACUGAUUGGCUUGGCUUUGAGGAAAACUGCGAUGAUCUGCACAUCAGGGCUUAAUAUUCAUCCGGUAUCAAUCAGCACAAAUGUGAUUCGCGACAAGUUGGUGGCUUUAGCUCGUGGUCCUGGCGCAGGCGUACUGAGUACCUACGGAGCAAUACCCGUAGGCUUGGCGAAGCCAAGGCCUGUUUACAGCCCUAGGCUGAAAACCAAGAGGAGACAUGUGCUGGCUGAAUAUGCCGAAGGGAAGAUUGCAGUGCUGAUCGCUCGCCUAGCCAAGAGCUGCGCAAUCAAGCUCCGCCUUGGAACAGUCGUAGACGUUAUUGUAAGGGAGCUCACUAGUGAUGGUAAAUUUACAAGCUGCAUACCCAAAGAAAGCUGGACAGACAGACGACAAUACAUUGCUCCCAACGGGCCUCUGGCAUUGGUGGAAUCAUCAAAGCCACAGGAUGCAGUGACGGCAACCGAUCCAUGCCCCAACUUUCAACUCAUCCUCGAGGAUGGAACGAGUGGUGCAGGAAUGCUGCAUCAAGUCAGUUUGAAGGAUUCCUGCGUCUUCGCGCUCAUGCAGGAGACAGCAAAUAGGCGCGGCGCAUUUCCCAUGGGCGGCUAUUAG